ACAGUUGCUAUCCCCAUUCCGGUUAUCCAAAAAGUUCAUUUUUCAGAUUUUCAUAAACAAAACUCUAAAAAAUUAAGUUCUGGAUAAAGAGUUUUCAAAAUUCCCGGAUAACUAUUUCUUAAUCUAAUCCCGUAACAGUACAAUGGCCCUGCAGGCCUCAAAAACCAUCACAAAGUCAAUUUUGCAGUCGAAAAACAAAUUAUGGAAAACACCAAAUUAUAUCAUACAUCGUUGCACCUCAACAGAAUGGACAAAUCUAUCGCAGAGACCCAAAGAUAAGGUUACAGAUAUGCCUCCGAUGACCGAACCGGUCAGGAACCUUCCGCAUGCUGUAUAUGCAAAUUUUAGAGAGAAAAAUCAACAGACAAAGGUAACAACUCUAUCAAAUGGUCUAAGGGUUGCAUCAGAAAACAGAUUUGGAGAGUUUUGCACUGUUGGGGUAGUUAUCGACUCUGGAUCAAGAUAUGAAGUGGCCUACCCCAGUGGAAUAUCACAUUUUCUGGAAAAAUUGGCAUUUAACUCCACAAAACACUACCCUGACAGAGACGAAAUGAUCAAUAAGUUAGAAAAACAUGGUGGCAUCUGUGAUAGUCAGGCUUCAAGAGACACUUUUAUUUAUGCCGCGUCUGCUUACACUACGGGAUUAAAUGAUGUAAUACAGUUACUAGCCGAAGCGACCUUAAGGCCUCAACUCACUUUAGAAGAGAUCGAUGCGGCUAGACAAGCUAUAAGUUUUGAACUGGAAACUUUACAUAUGAGACCUGAACAAGAGACUAUUUUGAUGGACAUGAUACAUGCCGCUGCUUACAGGGACAAUACCCUGGGACUCCCGAAACUGUGCCCCAACCAAAACCUGAACAAAAUUGACCGAGAAACUCUAUUUGCUUAUCUAAGUCAACAUUACACUCCUAAAAGAAUGGUGGUGGCGGGAGUAGGGGUGGAACAUGAAAGACUGGUGGAGGUAGUCCAAAAGCAUUUUGUCGACAGCAAACCGGUCUGGGAAACGGAAAGUUUAGUUGGCCGAAGACAAAUUCCCGAAAUUGACAGGAGUAUUGCUCAAUAUACUGGGGGCAUGGAACAAGAAGAAUGUGACAUCCCGCAGUUCGCUUCCUCCGGUUUACCAGUACUUUCCCACAUAAUGAUCGGCUUGGAAGGUUGCUCCCAUCAGGAUAAAGAAUUUAUCGCGAUGUGCGUAUUGAACAUGAUGAUGGGCGGCGGCGGUUCGUUUUCGGCCGGCGGACCCGGAAAAGGAAUGUACACAAGGCUUUACACUAACGUUCUAAACAGAUAUCAUUGGAUGUUUAGUGCUACAGCCUACAAUCACGCCUACAUCGAUACGGGAUUAUUCUGUAUCCACGCCAGUGCACCAUCGAACUACGUGAGGGAUAUGGUGGAAGUGAUAGUGAGGGAAAUGGUCAAUAUGACUCAGCAUAUAGGAGAUCAAGAACUUAGGAGGGCGAAAACUCAAUUACAGUCGAUGUUGCUAAUGAACUUGGAAAGUCGACCGGUGAUGUUCGAGGAUAUCGGCCGUCAAGUGUUGGCCACCGGCCACCGUAAAAGACCCCAAUAUUUUAUUAAAGAAAUCGAAAAAAUCACCAAAGACGACAUAGUUCAGGUGGCCAAAAGAUUACUGAUGUCCCAGCCGAGCGUGGCCGCCAGAGGAGACUUAAGGAAAUUACCGUCGCUGGAAUACAUUCAAGCUGGUCUAAUAGACAGCGAGGGUAAACUGCCUAGCGGCCGUAAACUAUCACUGUGGCGGUAAAGAAACACGUCGUCCUCAAGCCCUGUACAUUAAGUGAAAGAAUAAUAAAUCGUUGUGUUUUGUAUAGUUUACAAGUAACCAUAAAAAAUAUAUAAAACGUAAUUUC